AUGGCAGCAGGACCAGAUCGUCUCUUCAACCUGGGAAACAAUUUUUAUGUGGGAGCUUAUCAAACGGCGAUCAACAGCAGCGAGAUCCCUAACCUCUCGCCGGAGGAUGCCGUGGAACGCGACUGCCUCGUCUUCCGCUCUUACAUUGCACUCGGUAGCUAUCAGCUUGUCAUCAGUGAGAUCGAUGAAGCAGCCGCUACUCCACUACAGGCAGUCAAAGUCCUCGCCAUGUAUCUAUCGAGUCCUGCAAAUAAGGAAUCAACCAUAUCAAGCUUGAAGGAAUGGUUGUCAGAUUCGACUGUAGGAAACAAUGCUACUUUGCGGUUGAUUGCUGGUAUUAUUUUCAUGCACGAGGAAGAUUAUAAUGAAGCUCUGAAGCACACUCAUGGUGGAGGAACAAUGGAUCUGCAUGCCUUGAGUAUCCAAAUAUUCAUUAAGAUGCACAGAUCAGAUUAUGCUGAGAAGCAACUUAGAGUGAUGCAACAAUAUGACGAAGACCACACUCUCACUCAACUUGCUAGUGCAUGGUUGAACCUGGCACAGGGUUGCUCGAAGAUACAGGAAGCUUAUCUCAUUUUCCAGGAUUUCUGUGAGAAGUACCCAAUGACAUGCUUGAUCUUGAAUGGCAAAGCAGUUUGCUGUAUGCAAAUGGGUAACUUUGAUGAAGCUGAGACGCUACUUCUUGAAGCACUCAACAAGGAUGCUAAAGAUCCAGAAACUCUUGCGAACCUUGUCGUCUGCAGUCUUCAUGUUGGCAAAUCAUCUUCACGUUACUUUAGUCAGCUGAAACUUUCUCACCCGGAACACAUGCUUGUGAAGCGUGUCUCAUCAGCCGAAGAUAACUUCGAGAGAGCGGUUCAAUCGGUCGCCUGA